AUGGUCACCCCCUCCCCCCGCAAGAAGCGGAUGAUAGCCCUCGAUGUCGGAUACAGGACGGACCUCGAGUGGCUAGUCUGGACGACAAAGAAAAUGGAGGAUUCUCUGUCAAGGGCAGAGACCGUGACCGAGGAAGUUCCAGAUGCUUCCAUGCUGCAACUGGAAGAAACUCGCAGGAGCGUGAUGGAGAUGGCGAAAUCUUUCAAACUGGCCCUGGACGCGCAAGCAAGGAUGGAGGAUGACUACCAGGUCGAUGGCGACGAUGCUCGAGGUAGGCUCCCUCUCACAACAACGGUAGCGCAAGGGAGAAGACAAGAGAGGAAACCUUCUUACCGGCCAGCAGACUCUGACUCGGGGUUGUCCUCCUGGGAUGAGUCCGGUACCGAGGCAGAGACGGGGAUAGUUUCGAGGGCAUCGCAUGCGACUCAGAGUCUGGAAGACGUGGACAGCUCGUUCGACUCUUCUUCCAUGGAAUCUCAACGUCGUACUCGCCCUCCGCAAGAGCUCGCCCUCUCCUCGCCCAGCAGCUGGGGUGACAUGUCAAGGUCUGAGAGUUCGUUGAACCGCAGCUCCUCUACAUCUGUUGUCACUUACACAAGCACGUUCACGGAUGAAAGUACUCUCCCAACAACGAGCACGAGCACGAGCACGAGCACGAGCACGAUCCAAGAUCUGGCAGAUACGCAGGAACUGAUGCAUCGACGGGCCAUGGCCCGACAACAGCGAGCAAGGGGGGCAGGUGGGGAGGCAGCAGAUGCCAGGCUGGUGUCUUCGACAGGCAUCCCUCUCACCAUCGGUUACAUACCAGGCGUUGUACCCGUUGAGAUGAGCAAAAUGCUGCAGACCGACAGCGACAGGAUGUUUGACAAGUUCCAGUCAAAGAUCGACCGAUCGCUGGCCCUCCACGAGAAGGUAUCAAUCUUGGACCAGCUGGACUCCGCGUACAUGCAGACUCUCAACGACGAGACCAUCACCCGCAGAGUUGACAAGAAGCCGCCGGGCACCAUCACCCUGUUCCUGGACGGGAAGCACGAGAAGGUCAAGGUGAACACCGACGACAUCCAUGGGAGCGUCAGCGUACAGAGGGACGAGGACGGCAUCCUCCACACGGUGUACAACCCAAUCGGGCUGAGCGAUCUGCAGAGGGGAGUGGCGCACGAGGACCUCCAGCUCUGCCCUCCCGAGAUGCAGCGGGCGGUGAAGCUGCGGUCCGCGUUGCUGAGCCGCCGGGCGGUGGAGCUACGGCAGCUGGAGAAGUGGCUGGAGGAGGAGACGGCGGUGCUUGAGGUGAUCAAGGAGGAGUUCAGGAAGGAGGUGGACAAUACGAGGUAUCUGACGAAGAAGCUGGUGGAGCUCGAGGAGACCAUGAGGGAGAAGCCGCUGCAGCGGGAGAACAUGAAGAAGCAGAUCCAGCACGACAUGUUCUUCUACCAAGAGGCCCUUCAGAGAUGUCAGAGACAGCAUGAGGAGGUGCAGGAGCAAUCGAGGAAGACAGUCGAGAUCAGAGAAAGAUUCUGCGAAGUCAGGAAGAUGCUCUUGCGGAAUGAGGCUGCCCAUCACCGGGAUAUCGAGAGGAUCAAGCAACAUCUUCAGGACAUCAAGAAGGGACAGAAGAAGCUUAGGCCUUGA